AUGCCGUUCACCCACAUCCUCCACCUAGCCUCCCUCCCCGCCAACACCUCCCUCAACCACCUCAACUUUGUCGCCUUUGCUUAUGCUAAUGCCGAUGCCCUCAUCGCUCUUCUUGAGCUUGCCCGCACCAUCGAUUACCCACCAGCCAUCGUCUGGGCCUCUUCUGCCUUUGUUUAUGGCCUCAACCCAACCUCGAACCCCACCGUCAAGUCCGAUCCUACGGACCACCUUGCCACCCUCUUCGCUGCUGGAAAGAAGACUGCUGAGGACAUCUAUGCCUAUAGCCACAUAUAUGGCCUCUCCAUCACCACCCUCUGCCUCUUCACUAUCUACGACCUGUGGGCCCGCCCCCACAUGGCUUACUUUACCUUCACCAAGGCCAUUCACCAUGACUUUUGUUUUGGUUACUGA